CCUGGCCGUGAGAGGAAGCAAGAGGAAAUGCUCAGCAGGGAGGAAGCGCAGAGCCGGCCUCUGGGAGUAUUGCUGGCCCGGAGUUUCCAGAGCAAGAGCACUUCAAGCCCAGCAAUGCCCGGCGGGUGGGUUAUCAGAGGUAAGAUGCUGGGGAGAAUGAGCCUUGGGACCUUUCUAGGCUGUCCCGUCCUCCUCCACCCCUUCCCAGGCCUGGAGGAGAGUCUUGGCGUACUAGCCAAAGGGCAGGUCGCGGUGAGAGAGCAGAGUUCUGGUUCAGGGCGCAGCAAAAGACCGAAGCUCAGCGCACCCGCACCCGAGGGCACAGGGCCUCCCCACCUCAGGGCUGCCUGGGAUCAAAGUGCUGGAGUGAAGGCGGGGUUCCAGGAACCCGACUCUCCCGCUGCACCACCGGGCAGCGCUGAGGACCUGUGUGCCUGGCCAGGAUCCCAGUUCGAGCCCCCGCCCGCCCAACCAGGGCCAGGACGGCCAAAGAGGAGGCGCGUAGGAUGCCGCUCAGAUUCCCGCCCCUUGGGGCAUGAACUCACCGGGCUCCACGCGUGCUCUCCAGCAGAUUCUGCUUGUCCAAGGUCGGCAUGCCGCACCCCCCCCCCAGGGCGCGCACUCAAAGUUGCACGCGGGACGACGGCAGCGGGCACUCACCUUCCGCUCGGCUCCCGCCGCUGCGCCCCGCGCCCGCCCGCUUUAUCCCCGGUCCUCGCCGCCGCCUCGUGUGAAGCCGCCCGCCGCGCGUCGUGUGCAAAAGCCUGCGGGGAGGGGGGAAGGGUGACCGGCUGCAAAGGGAGUCUCGGCUCUGCCCCCACACCGGCCCCAUGAGUCCCGAGCCCGAAGGAGACGGCCGGCCUGCGACCCAAAGCUUAAGGGCCUCUGCCCUGAGCAGAGCACUUGCUAAAAGUUGCAAAGUUAGGACUAGGUGGCCAAAACACCCACCCUAACCGGUGUACCAUAGAAAAGACUUGGGAUCUGGAUGUUUCUAGAAAACCGGCAUGCCUCAAAUUCCAGCAGUCGCAGGCGGACCUCUGUGGGUUCCAGACCAACCUGAUACACAAACCGAGUACAGGACGGCCAGGGCUACACAGAGAAACCCUGUCUGGAAAACACAAAAGCCAACCAAAAUAAACAAACAGAAAAACCAACAACAAACCACAAGAAAAAAAAAAAAAUCCUUUGCCCUAAGGGCAGGGAUGUGACUGCUGACAGCCUGGCUGGAGACUCUGAGGCCAGGAGCAGCGAAGAAGGACUUCCGGGAGCUUGAUUCCAGGCGGUGAGGGCACCCGGGAGGGCCGGGGCUCACCCCCUGCCUGAGCUGUGCCUCACCACCGUCUGUCGGAGUUACAGCUGCUUGCUUCCCUUUGAAAAGUUCCUCCUGCCUCUCUGAUUACCAUCUGGAGGGACCGGCUUUAUCUCCACCUCUGUGAAGACCAGUGACUGUCCUUUUUUUUUU